AAUGAUCCGUACAUUAAAAAUAUUACGAAGCGUACCGUAUCAUUGCUUAAGUGAAUCGUAGUUUAUUUUUCGUUAGAAAAUUAUUAUCGUCGUAGUAUGUAGAGAUAACGCAUCAAACGCUUUAUGAUACACAAUUUGCUUCUCACGUGUGUUAUCAAAUUAUAUAAUUACAGGAUAUUGAACGAACAACAUGUAUGUAUGAAUCGAGGUUCAUGCCUUGCGCCGAGCGCAUGUCUUAUCAAGGAAUAUCAGAUACACGAGUUGUCUAGCAUUGUGCUCUUCUUAAUUGUGUUGCAGUUGUUAAGUAACUGGUUCAAAGUUCACGCGCACACAUUUACUGCAUGGAACCACCGUCCACCCAAGGUUGAUUUCAGAAUAACAAGUCCGGUACUCAGCAAAGAUAUUUAUACGGACAAGGAAUACCUUACCUAUUGUCAGGUCUCUUCCUGACUGGAACGUUAUACACCCUAUCCUUGUACCAGAGCACCAAAG